UUGCGGUCAUUUUAAGUUUGAAGAAGAGACAAAAUUCGUUAUCCUAAAAUCUUUGCCCAUAUAGAGCUUGAAGUUCUGUUGUCUGGGCUCCUUAUUGUUCACCAUGAUUUGGUUUUUUAUGUAUUUGUGCACUCUGUUUGUGAUAUGAGGUAAUAAUCUAGCCCCCCCCCCCCCCCCCUUCUGGCCAUCUCAUAGUGUGGUUUGUUUCUAAAGAAUGGAUAUUUUUAAAGCCACUGUAAUUGUUGCUCCAACCAGAUUGGGAAGUUGUGAUGCCCAAGAAUAACAGCUUGCAUUUGGUCAGACUUUUCUAAGUUCUUUGUAAAAUGAGUAUAUGUUAGCAAGUAAUUUACUAUAUAGUGUUUGAAGGUUGGUUUCGAUGUAGGAGUAUUUAUGGAUGUCCUUCUAUUCUCUCUAAUAUUUUACAUUCAAUUGUUUGUAUAGAACUGUAGUCUGUUAUACUAGUUUGUGUUUGCAUUCACAUCUAGCGGAGUCUAGUCAGGAUAGGCAAAAUAUGAGAUGCAUUGCACUCUCAUAUUUAAGGGCCAUGUAGGAUUGUAGAGGGAAGGAACAUGUUGACAUCAUCUCUUUGUAUUUUCUCCACAAAAUUUUACAUGCAAUUGUUAAUUGUGUGUACAAUGUUACACUAAGCUUUUCAUCUGCAUAUCCAUCUAAUUCUCUCAAUCUUUUCUAACUUGUCGUUUGGAUUCAUUUGCCGCUGACUGUCAUUAGUUUGGGAUAAAGAUAUUGUUAGAUAUUGAUAUUUAUCUAGCUAAGCCUAGUCAAGAUACGCUAGUAUGACAUGCAUUGCACUACUUAGAUAUGUUUGAUUUUGGCUUUAUUGAUCGAUAUCCAAUGGAACUAAAGCAUUGGCAAAACCUUGUUUGCAGUUCAAGCCAUGUAGACUGUUAGCUACCAUCGAUAAUGACCUUAGGAUUUGCUUGUGAGAUGUUUAUCUUUAGAUGGGUUUCUGGACUUUGCUAGAAGCUUUUCUGCUCUUUGCAAAUGCAUUGGCAAUAUUGAAUGAGGAGCGGUUCCUUGCUCCAAGAGGAUGGACAUUAGCAGAAAUGACAGGACCUAGGAGGAAUUCGCUUAAAGGGCAAGUGAUAGGACUCAUAUAUGCCUGUCAAUUCUUGAGACUUCCCCUUAUACUUCUCAAUAUGAUCACUAUUAUAGUGAAACUGUUCAGUGGAUAACUUGAAUGUAACGACAUUGAAGUUGUAAACUCUUUUGUGUGUAUAAUAUGUAAAUUUUGUGUUUUAAGCUUCCUGAAUAGUUGACAAUCUUGUAAAAUUCAAUUGAGGUAUAAUAUGCAAAUUCAUCAGCUGUAUCAGGAUUGAAUGUACCUUGAUUAUCAUUCUCAAUUCCCUUUGAAUUUGUAAUUUAUUUUGGUUUAUUAGCUUGUGAGACAUUAGUAACUAUGGAACAUGGAUUGUAAA